AUGGUGCUGCUGCCGGUGAACGCGCUCCCACCCCCCAAAUCCAGCCAUCCACCAGAACAGGAGAACGUGGCAGCAGAGGCUCACAGCAUCUGCUUGAACACGGUCAUAGGAGCCCACCUCAUGGCCGCAGUCACCACGUGUCCUCUGCAGAGUCAAGGUUCACGCGUGAAGACCUACGUGCUGCUGAAGUCAGCACGGGGCUUAAUCUACUGCCGCAGUCACCCAGCAUCACCCCGAGACGGUGUGAACCUGUUCCGUCAAACACGGCUGAGCCACGCAGAGAUCUCAAAACAGGUAGGACAGGUCCGGGAAAUGUAUGAAAAGAAAUGCUUUAAGGAAAAGCAGGCUGUGAACAGCCUGGCCGUGGCACAGCCGGAGCAGGUCCUUGAUAGAGAAAAGCCCGCAUCACGAGCAGCAGCCAGGACGGGGGCUCUGGGGGUGCCGGCGCGGGGGCCCCUCGAGCGUGUCGCGGUGCCCGUGCACAGGAAUCGCCACACCAGGGCUUUGCAGCCUGCUUCGUUGCGACGUGCCAUCGGAGGGAGGGCGUUCGCAGCGGAGGCCCCUCUCGCUGGGGCAAACGUGCUGGCGGAUCCCGCGGACGCAGCAAAUGCCGGUGGUGAUGCUAAGGCUGCUGGUCAGUCCCAGGCAGAUGGCAGCCAUCCAGGGGCUGGGGACACUCGGAGGCAUCAGAGGGGACGUGCAGAACACCGGAGACACACCAUCACCAAUGGCGUGGACUUCAGCAUGCUGAAGCACAUGAAGGAGCUGGAACAGGAGAAGGAUUUCCUGCUGCAGGGCCUGGAGCUGCUAGAGCGCGCCCGGGAGUGGUACCACCAGCACAUCCAGUUCAUGCAGGAACGCCAGAGGCUCCUGGGGAAGAACAAAACCAGUGCUGAAUUCCUCCCUGAGGGCAGCCAGAGCCACCUGGGGCGCCUGCUCCCCAAGCUGCAGGAGGUGAACCGCUGCCUGGGUGACCUCCUUUCCACUGCUGGCAAGGAGGUGACCGACAAGAGCGAACGCAUCACCCAGCUGGAGCAGGAGAAAUCUGCCCUGAUCAAGCAGCUCUUUGAGGCUCGCGCCCGCAAUAACCAUGAAACGAGCCAGCUGGACUCCACCUUCAUCUAG